AAACGAUGCUGACAAGUGUAAAAGCCAAGAAGGAAGUAGUAGACGUGAUACUGAAUCAGCUGCACAGAGACAUUGUCCUCACCGGAAGUCCAGGAACAGGGAAAACAUGGCUGGCCAAAGAAGUGACUAGACGCGCCGACGACGAAAAAUGCCCCUUCCAAAUGUCUCUUUGGUUGUCUCUGAGCCUAAGAGAUAAGCAAGACGAAGGCAUGUCUCUUCUCCAAUCCAUUGCUCGUCAGUUGUCCGUCCCUAACAUCGGUAGCACCUGGGAAGAUGCCGACUAUAAUAACACCGACGAAAAGAAGAAGGAAGAGAAGAAAAAGGAGGAGCUUGUUGACAAUUUGAAGAAGCUGAUGGGGAAAGUAGCCGAAAAGCUUUGGAAGGACAUCUAUUUGGGAAGUAAAAGUAAAGAUGAGACCAAACACAUAAAUCUUUUGCUGGUGUUGGAUUCUGAAGGAGAUGUAAAGAUUGAUGAGUUACCCCAUUUGAAGGAUCACAUCUUUCACUUGCUUUCUUUGGAUUCCGAUGAACCGAAUAUGCAGACUAUUGCCAAGGAACUUAAGGUACACGAAUCCGAAUCCAAGAUCAGGUUCUUAAUCACAUCAACCGGAGGAAAGUUGAAUGAGUCUGUCCAUGAGAUCAAAGUCGAACCCUUUUCCGAAAAAGAAGAGACGGUGACUUUCUUAAAAGAAAGGGUUGGGGACGGCAUUCUUGAGCCUUCGAAAUCGAAAUUCGAAAAAUUGUACGAGGAAAUUAAAGAACAUUUUCCAGAUAAAACCAAGGUUUUGCCUGCUCAACUCAUCAUGUUAGCAGGAGCCUUGAAGCGCAUUGCAGUUGCGGAACAAGAUCACAUACCAUCGGCUCCUGCUUUAGAUGCAGCACUUCAACUUUUCAAGGCCGCAAAACCCAAUGAUGAGAUACCGGUUCUUCGUUUUGUUUACGAGACGUUGAUCGAAAAGAAUGAUGGUUUGUUUGAUUUCUUUUGGCAUAGCUGGAACUUGUUGGGGAAUCAUGGAGGUGUUCAGUACAAUGCGCUGAUCGCUCACUGGAUCCUCGAAGGCCAUCUUGAUCUUGCCGAUGGUGUGAAGAAGGCUUACGAGAAGGGAUACGGUAUCAUGAUGGAGCUGGUAGAUCUUGGCAUACUGAAGAUGCAGGAGGACAAUCUUAUUGUUCUUGAACGAGCAACACGUACUCUCGAGGAUCACGAAUGUCGAGAACACUUCGAGAAAUCGAAGCUGGGUCUGGCCGGCAUGCUCAAGGGUCAAGAUAGCAAAGUGUUUGAAAGAAUGGCACCUACUGAGGGCAUGAUGAGAACAGUGAGUGUGGAUAAGGAAGGGAAAUCAAUUUCCUCAAUGCUGAUUGAUGGAAGCAGCCUAUGCAGGGAAGACAAUGAUACAUACUUCAAAGAAAAGGAUCUCAAAGUUUUGGCCCUUUUCAAUCCCAGGAUGCAAUCACUCCCACCCAUAUGUCAAAUAAAGGAUUUGCUUCUGCUCGUGCUAAGAGGCUGUUAUCUGCUUAAUUCGGUCGAUCAGAUUAAGGAUCUUGAGAAAUUAGUGGUCCUCGAGGUAUCUGGUUCGCCGAAUCUGACCGAAAUGGAGGAAGGCCUUUUCGAUAAAAUGACCAAGCUUCAAAGCCUUAAUCUAUCUGCACUGGGAAUCAAGUCAUUGCCUCAAGUCUCCAGCUUGAAAGAACUACGAAGGCUCAUCCUUAAAGACUGUCAUUUCCUGGAGGCUCUGCCAAAGCUAGCAAAUCUCAAACAUAUGGAGGUAAUCGACCUUUCUGGAUCAUGCUCUUUGAAUAGGCUCCGAGAAAAAAGCUUCAAGUCAUUUAAAGAGCUUCGAUUCGCUGAUUUUUCCGGAACCAAAAUCGAGAAGCUGCCGAUUGUUCAGACCCUUCCGAAACUAACCAUCCUCUUGGCUAAAGGAUGUGAUCGUUUGGCUGGUUUGCGCUUCAUGAAACGUCUGGAAAAACUCAAGGUACUUGAUAUUUCAGGUGCUACUAGGAUAAAGGAAAUCUUCUUCGAUUGCUUUGAUGGUACUGACAAUCUUAGAUUCCUUGACCUAUCUGAAACCAAUAUCCGAUUUUUGCCCGAAAGCCUCGGCAAACAUCUGUGUCGUCUCACACUGAAAAGUUGUUCUAAGCUCGAAAAGCUCCUGAACUCACAGGGGCUCACUGACCUACAGGCUCUUGAUCUUUCCAAUUCCUCUGGUCUGCAAAAGUUCCCAGAUGAUUUUUUUGUAAACCUGACCAGUCUUCAGUCCCUUGACCUCUCAAACUCCCAAGUAAAAUGUUUUCCUUCUCUUUCCAAGCUUGGCAAUCUUCGCAAGCUUUUGCUAAAGGGUUGCUCAUUCGAAAGACUUCCCGAGUCGAAAACCUUUGGCUCCUUUGAAGGGCUCACUAACCUUGAGGAACUUGAUCUCUCGGAUUGUAAGAGCCAGGCUGAGCAAUUUCCAAGGUUGGAAGAUCUUAAUAAGCUUAAGAUUAUCAAACUUUCAGGUUACAAAGCUCUGUCAGAAAUAGAUUCCUUGAAGCACACGCCUGAGCUUGAAGACCUUGAUCUCUCAGAAACCCAGAUUUCAACCCUGCCAAACAUAUCUUCUAAAAAACUCCGUUCCAUUAUUCUAAACAAGUGCACCCAACUCAAAGAAGCUCCAGAUUUUCAAAGCCUUCCAAACCUUUUCGAGCUUGACCUACGUGGUACAAGCUCUUUAAACUUGGAGCGUAUCAAUUUCGAAGCUUUGAGUAGGCUGUCUAAGCUUCAGAGACUCAGGUUAUCCAAAAUUUCUGGGGAGGCUGUGGAGUAUUUACCAAAGAAACUUGAAGUUCUUGAUCUUUCUGGGGAGGCUGUGGAGUCUUUGCCAUCAUCUCUCGUUAAACUUACUGAUUUAAAGCAGCUUUUGCUAAAAGGUUGUUCGAGCUUAAAGGAGCUGCCAUCGCUGAACACAUUGAGUCAGCUUGAGGUGCUAGAUCUGUCAGGGAUUCAAGUGGAAAAUCUUGGAGACAAAAUUUCAGACUUAAGAAAUAUGAAGAGUCUUCAUCUACCGGGGAUGGUGGCCGAUGAAUUUAAAGGUGGGAAGAACGUCGACGCCCUACCGAUGGAGCUAAAGCUGGAUCACUGUUGUAUCUCUGAGUCUUCUGAGAUUCCUCAAGGGGAUAGCAAGCCAAGAAUAGUUGUGCAAGGCACAGAACUCCUCAAAAGUUUAAAGGAAAAUUCCGCAUUGCUGGAGAGUAUCAGGAAUUCAAUUUCAUCGGUCCGAGCAAAAAGCAAAGAUGAGGACAAUUACUGUGACAGCCGUAAGCAUAUCUUUGGUGAUAUCUACACCAAGGUCAGAAAAUUUCCUAGUGAAGAUGCAGUUCGCGAAUCUUUGGAAAUCCAUGGAUUUGAUGGUUUUCCCACUGGUAUUGAGGUUCUUCUUGAGCAUGCCAGGUAUGUCGUCUUGCUCGAAAAUGGCUUUAUGAACAACUUGUCUGAUCUAAAGCCUGAUAGCUUGAAGAACAUCAGUGGUUGUUGGUUAGAGCGUUGCAACAAAAUGGUAACCAUUUUUGUGGAGGCGGAUCAAGGGAAGUGGGGAACCCUUGAGAUACUAUGGAUUUCGAACCUUCCCGAGUUGAAGAGUUUGUACGACGAGAAGGUGCAAUCCCUGAGUUUUGGGAGCAUAAAGAGUUUGUACAUAGACUGCUGCCCGAAGCUUGAAACUCUUUUCCCAUCAGAGAUCCCUGAAAAUCUUGAAACUCUCAAAAUUACAUUUUGUGAUAGCUUAAAGACUUUUGUCGGAGAUAAAGGGCCGGACGACAAGGAAAUCCAGACCCCGGAUUCCACAAAUCAGAAAAUGCAAACAAUGAAUCCAAAAGACAAAGAAGGGCAGAACACGGCGUCUUCAGUAGGCAAGAAAGUGCCAGAUAUGACAAGUUCAGCCCCAAAACAAAUGCAGGUGAUGAGUACUGAAGAUAAAGUCAAGGAAAGGGAGGCGACGGCUUCACGUCCAGACGAUGAAGGCAAAGGACCAGAGGAUGCUAGUCCAAUAGAUAAGGGUAAGAAGGACGAGGAAGUGAAGAUGCAAGCUGCAAGUUUAGAAGACAACAGAGAUGAAGAACCGGAGGGUGCAACUUCAGUGGACAAGGGAAAGGAGGAGGAGGAAGCAGAGACGCAGGAUCCAAGUUCAGUAGACAAGGGAAAGAAGGACGAGGAAGCAGGGACAGAUGCUACCGGUUUAGCAAACAAAGAAUUGCAGGCCACUCAAAGCACAAGUGGAAUCAAACUCAAGCAUUUGCAUAUAUCAUAUUGUCCAAUGCUUGAAACUGUUUUCUCAUCACAACAGGUGCCUGAAAAGCUGGAAAUUCUCCGAAUCAAGCAUUGUGUUAAAAUGAAUAGUGUUUUUCCGGAGUCGAUGAUCGACCGUGAAUUACCAAAAUUGAAAACAUUGCAACUGUCAGACCUGCCCUCUUGGACUCGAUCCGAAGCCGGAUUUAAAGUGAACAAAUCUGUUACAAAGAUCAUAGAGUCACCCCCACCAAAGGAAGCCACUCCAGCUGCUGAGAAUUGAGAUUCAAUGGAAGACAAAAGAAAAGACCUCACCAAACAGGUGUUUCCUUAUUUAGCAAUGCAAUCAUAAAUAAAUGAUCCAAACUGCAGGCUGCCCCCUGUUAGUACACAAGACAAUAAAUGGUUUCCAGGAUGAGCUUCGUGUUCAAACAUCAGUUGCAAUGUCGUGUUUUUAUGUAGUUUUAUGUAUUAUAAGAAUGCCCUGUGUUUUCAAUACUUGUGUGAUUUCCUGAAUGUUUGAGUGUGCAUUAGUGUUAUUUGACCAUUUCUUAUCCCAACAUCGUGUCAAUAAAUUUGUAAUAUAAUAGACUUGGAAA